AUGUCCUACAAGCCUGGAGACGCUACCAAGGGUGCCGGUAUUUUCAAGACCCGAUGUGCUCAAUGCCACACUCUCGGUGAGGGCGAGGCCCACAAGGUCGGCCCCAACCUUCACGGUAUCUUUGGCCGAAAGUCCGGUCAAGCCGAGGGUUUCUCUUACUCUGCUGCCAACGUUAACAAGGGUGUGACAUGGGACGGUCAAACUCUUUUCGAGUACCUCGAAAACCCCAAGAAGUACAUCCCUGGUACCAAGAUGGCCUUUGCCGGUCUUAAGAAGCCUAAGGACAGGAACGACCUUGUUCACCACCUUGAACAGGCUACCAAGUAA